AUGAUUAUUUUAUUAUUACUUAAUUCUGUAAUUGCUAGCAAACCAGAAGUCAAAUUAAAUGUUUAGAACAAUAAGUAAAUAUAAUUUACUGCUAUUGUUGAUUAAACUAAAAUAUUAUAUGAAGAUCCAUCAUGCUUUUAAAUAGUUUUAUGGAAAAGAAGUGCAAAAGAUUCUCAUAAAUAUAAAUUUACAGAUCAAGAUUAUGAUUUAUUAGUAUAGGAAGAGCAUAAAUUAUAAGGAAUCUCAGAAUGUGUUCCUAUACAAAAAUAAUUCUUAAUUUAACAACAUUUGAGAAUGGGAUUGCCAAGCAAUGAAAAAAUCUUUUAUACAGAUUUAAUUAUAUUAUAGAACAGAGCUCUUAUAAUCAGAAAUGAUUUCACUUUACAAGAAGUUAAUAUUGCACAUUCAUAAUUCACUAAAACUGUAACUUAAUAAAAAUUGAAAAUUCCUCACUCUGAUAUAUCUCAUCCAAUCUUCUUAUGGAAUAAUCAUAAUAAAAGAGUUUACAUAAUAUCUGAGAAUGGAGGUGUCAGUAUACCUGAUUGGAUGUAUUUAUUUUAAUUCAAUAUCCUUAUAGAUCAAUAGGUGAGAAUACCUUUUUUAUCAACUCAGAACCCUUUAAAUAAAGGAAAAUAGUGUAUGAUGCCUAUUUAAAAGAUAAUACAAUAUAUGUUGCUUGUGGCUAUGAGGGAGUUGAUGUUUAUAAUUAUUAAGAUGGUUAACUAAAAUAUUUUAAGAAUAUAGCGAGAAUUGAUGAGAAAUAUUUGAAUGCAAAAGAUAUAAGUGGAGAUGAUGAAAGUAUAGAUUAAUUUAAUAUAAAUAGAUAUUUACAUACUUGAUCAUUAUUAGGGUCUAUUAAUUUGUGAUUAUGAUUUUUAAAUUAAAUUCAGAGUACCAAUUUUGAUGGGAAGUGAUUUUAGUCAUUAUAAAAAUACAUUUUUUGUUAUUGCAGAAUCACAAAGAAGAUAAGAUUAUGCUUUAGAAAUCUUUUUAAAUUUUACAGAUAAUUCAUAUUACUUUAAUCAUUAUUAUAUUGAUGAGAUGUAAUUUUAUGAUGUUAAAGUAUAUGAAAAUUAUACUAUUUUAAUUGGAUAUGAAGCACAUAAAAUUAUAUAGCAUUCCAUAUUUUCAUAAUUUAUUAAAUUUUCAAGUAACAAUUUUUUUGAAUUCCCUUAAAUGUUAUAACUUAAAUAAUGGAAUGACUCUAUUGUUGGAUUGUCAAAAAGAGAAUUAAGAUUACUUUAAAUUAAUCAAUUAUCAGCUCAUAUUGAAUGUGAAUCUUAAGAAUACUUUUCAGAAAGCUUUUUAGUAGCAUCAUAUUUCUUAAAUUCUUCUUCUCCUUUCAUAGCAACCAAAUUUAAUUAAGUCUUUUAGAUUAUCUUUUAAGAUACUAAAGUAUUAUCUAAAAAGAAUUUAACACUAUUUGGUAUUGCCCUUUUCCUUAUAUUUUUAAUUUUUUGGCUUGUAUUGCUUAGUAUUGCUUGUUUCAAAAGAUUGAGAAAUAGAAUUAUCAAAUUAGAAGAUGAUAAAAGAGCCUUAACUAAAUAAGUAGAUAUGGAUAAAGAUGAUGGACCAGGAUAAGAAUUAUCAGCAAUAUGA